AUGAAUAACUGGCAAUUCAAAGAAAGAGGAGCGUUGGGAGCACCAUUUUUGUUGGAGGACCCCGCAAACCAGUUUCUACAUCUCAAAAGACAUAUAUAUUUGCAGGAUUACUGGGACCCAGAUGGCAAUCCAAAUAUGUGGGGAAACACGCUGGCUGAUAAGGCUCAUGAAACAUGGACUGCUUUGAAAACAAUAGCACAAUAUUAUCUGAAUGUGAAUACCUUCACUUUUGACAUGUCCACUUCCCAGUAAAUGUGCUUUGAUGGUUAAACCAGGAGAGAAAAAAACGAUGGGAGUCAACACGGCAAUGCAACCAAACCGUGGGCUUUGGAGACAUGGAGGCAAAUCUCUGCCACUUACAAGAUUACUUAAUAUGUCUGUCUCAUGGAACUGUUGAAAGGAGUAAAUAUAAAAAUCCAUCUAGAGACCUAGAAUUAGAAGUUCUCAGUAAAUUCUAGAUCUUAAGAUGAAAACUAAAAUAAAGACAAUAGUACUAACAUUGAUUAAAAAAGGGCUCUUCUGGAAAAGGAAACCAAAAGCAAAAAAGUAGUGCCAUUAAAACUCACUGUUGAUAGCUUACUUUCUUUUGCUUCCUUUUUGAGAGAGUUAAUUCGCUUUUUAAUUAAAGGAAGAAGAGGGGUGCCUGGGUGGCUCAGUUGGUUGAGCAUCCAACUCUUGAUUUUGGCUCAGGUCAUGAUCCCACAGUUUGUGUUGG